UGGAGCAACGCACGUGGAAGACAUUUGUCCCUGCUCGGCUUCCGUAGUCGAACGGCAAAGAUGGCUGCGCACGAUAGUGAUGGGGAGGAGGAUUUUGUCACCUACGGGAAGCCUCUAGAGUUAUAUGAGGAGGGGGAGCAGCCCAAGAAGCCGGUACCUCUCCAGGAUCAAACAGUGAAAGAUGAGAAAGGACGCUUUAAGCGUUUUCAUGGCGCCUUCACUGGAGGGUUUUCUGCUGGAUAUUUUAACACAGUUGGCUCAAAAGAAGGUUGGACACCAUCAACUUUUGUUUCUUCUAAUCAUGGGAGGUUGGAAAAACAUGUCAGUAGACCGGAGGAUUUUAUGGAUGAUGAGGAUCUCGGUGAGUUUGGGAUAGCCCCAAAGGAGAUAAUGACUACAGACAAUUUUGCAUCAAAAACUAAAGACCAAAUACGUCAAAAAGCCAGAGAGCUUGCUUCAGUCUCGGCACCAAUCCCAGGAGCGACCAUACUGGAGGAUCUCAUAGCUCCAGCAAAAAUCACAAUGGGAGUGCAGCUUUUAAGGCAGAUGGGGUGGAAAGAAGGGCAAGGAGUGGGGCCCAGAAUAAAGAGGAGCGCUCAGAAGCAAAAAACUGGAGGUAAUGUGAAGCUGUAUGGUUGUGCCUUGCCACCUACGGGUUCAGAAGAAUCUGAGGAUGAAGAUGACUUCAUACCUGAAAAUAUUACAUUUGCACCCAAAGAUGUGGCUCCUGUCGAUUUCACAGUAAAAGACAAUGUCCAUGGUCUAGGCUAUCGUGGCCUCAAUCCUCAUGAAGCUUUGUUUGGCUCUCUGGGAACACAUAUAAAUCUGUUCAGCGAUGCCUCUGAAAGGAGCAGCAAUUUACUUGGAGAUGUACGAAACCGGAAAGGAAGAAAGGUCGGAAUCUCUGGCCAGGCUUUUGGUGUUGGGGCACUGGAAGAUGAGGAUGAUGAUAUUUACAGCAUUGACCCCUUAUCAAAAUAUGACACGGUCCUGCGGGAAGAGGAGACCGGAGAUGGACUUUUUGGGUGGACGGCACCAAAAGAGUAUAAAAGUAAAAAAGGCUCUUCAAAAGAACUUCAAUAUGUUGGCAAAAUGCUGGAAGGCUUUUGUCUGGCAACACAAUCACCUCCAUCUAAAAAGAUAUAUCCACUGCCUGACCUCCCGAGGGAUUAUAGACCCGUUCACUAUUUUAGACCUGUCCUAGCUGAGAACAGUCAGAAUUCUGCAGUUCUUCAGGCCAUGAUUGGAUCCUCCAUGACAUCCAGUGUGGCACCUGUCAAAGAGCAGCGAGCUAGUAGACAUCAACUUAAUUCUUCCCAGCGAAGGGAGAUGUUGGGAGAAGCUCCACUACAGGGACCCACCUCUGUGCUGGAGCUCCUCUCUGCGAAAGAUAGGGAGCGUAUCCGGGAUGUAAAGCUGGAUCUGGAAGAACAGAGAUCCAAGGCACAGAAACUUGCACAGGAAGCACUGAAAAAACGUUUUCAGUCAUCUUCUGCAGAGGAGAAGGAUUUUAAUUUACAGCAAAGUCUGCUUGAAAGACAGCUGGUGCCAGAACAUCCUGAAGAGUUUCGACCAUUUGAAAAAAAUUCAGAUAAACAAAAGAGAUAUGAAAACUACAUUAGGAACCUUCACCAGGGACAGAAAGAUGCUCUGGAGAGCUGCCUAGAUGCCAAAAUGACUGAAUGGGAACGUUCACGUGAGCGUGAGGAGUUCAUGCGAUCUGCAAUGCUAUAUAAACCUACCAACUCCCAACUUUCCUCACGGUUCACCCGGGGAAAAUAUGAGGACGAUUCAGACAAAGUUGAAGUACCUAGGGAUCAAGAGGGGGAUUUGAAUGACAAAGUUGCAGCAGUGAAAAUGAAAAUGUUUGGAACAUUGACGAGGGAUAAACACGAGUGGCACCCUGACAGACUGCUGUGUAAACGGUUUAAUAUUCCCGAUCCUUAUCCAGGGUCAACCAUCACUGGGCUUCCAAAAGUCAAAAGGGACAAGUACUCUGUCUUCAAUUUUUUAGUUGUUCCUGAAACAAAACCACCAACUAAUACUAGUACCUCAUCUGUACCUGAGAAAAUACAGCAGACUUCUGAAAUCAAAACAAAGAAGGCUUCUAGGUGGGAUAUGUCAGCUGCUGAAGAAAAGAAAAAAGAUCUAAUCAGUGACUUACCACACAGUAAGAGCGAGUUAAUAAAAGAGGAAAUAAACACAAAACCAAUAGAUUCUCAGUCUACAUCAGCUGCUGUUGUCUCAUCCCAGGGUCCAUCAGAACAUGCCGAGCAAGAUUUAGAAGAGGAAGAGAAGAGGCCACCUAUUGAUUUGUUUAAAGCAAUAUUUGCGGAGUCCUCAGAUGAGAAAUCCUCCUCAUCAGAUGAAGAAAGUGAUGAGGACUUGUCUCCUGCUCUCAAUACAGAAACUGAAACCAGAAAGUCUGAAAUUGCAGCAUCAUCCAGCGUAAAAGAAUCUGAAUCAACAAAAAAGCUUUUGGCUCAUCCUACUGUUCAUGCAGCAAAGGAAGAAUUAAUACAAAUAGACGAGGAAGAAUUUGGUCCUAAGUUACCGCCUGCAUCUGUAUCUAGUGAUCCUUUAAUGUCAAGUACUUACUCAUCAGGGAGUCUGAAUAAACCCACUAAGAAGCAGAAACAUAAAAAACACAAAGAAAAACACAAGCUAAAAAAGGAAUAUAAACACAAAAAGGAAAAGAAGAAAAAGCACAAAAAGCAAAAGCACAAAAGUAAACAAAAGAGUAGGAAAACAGAUGGCAAAAGCACAGAUGACAGCAGUGAAAGUCCCGAUGAUUCCGAGAACACAGGCGACAUAACACCCAGAGAACUUCUGAAGAGGUUAAAAAAUCUUCCUAUUCCUCACACAUAGAGAUAGGGGAGCUAUUAUUCUCUGAAUGGAUCCUCAAGUUUUCAAACCACAAUGCAAAACUUUCUGUAAAUAUAUUCCUGUACAAGAUCAUUAUUGUAAAUUUGUAUAUUCUAGAGAAACUAAUUUGUAUUAAAUAAAUUCAGGGCUUUGUUCU